GAUUGACCAUUCCAAAUUCCCGCAUGUACACCUUCAAUCUCAGCUCUUUUGAAGUGUGGGAUGGGGCAGGGAUUGUUUUAAAGUCAACUGGCAAGUCAUGCAAUUAAUGAUAGCGAGCACUUUUCUUUGACGAUGUAACCGUUUGCUUCGCCUCCCUUUUGACGGGGCGAACUGUGAGGGCUGCUGAAGUUUGCGAUGGUUCAUGCGACUUGUUGCAACCAGGUCCAAUUCCCUCGAGAUGGACGACCACUCGGCCGGAUAAGUUGCGUCUAUCUUUGAACGUUUUACGGUCAAUCGACUUUAAAAGUUGAGAAAUUCAAAGAUUUGGCGUCCCAGAAUUUGCAAACUGGAAGUGUUAGGCGAAUAGUCUCGUCUCUUAAGUGAAAAAUGUAUUUCAUUGUACGCUAUUACCACCGCCGCGGGCCGGAGCUGCAGUGAAGAGCUUCUUCAUUCUAGGUCAAAAGUUAAACCUGAUGAAGUGGACAGUGCCAGAGGAAAGGUUUGGAUCUGGCUUACACACCGCAUCUCAUUAAAAAAUAUCACGAGUGUGUAAUCAAUCUGAGGCGGGGAAUAUUGUGUGAAGUUAGUCUGACCUGUUUUGGAAUUAUAGAACUAUGGGUGAGCCACAUGGGGAAAUGGUGCAUAUUUGAGCGAUUGUAAUCGUCCCAUCCCCUCUACAUUUCGCUUUUACGGUGCUCUGCUUCGUGUGGAGCCGGUGCUUUAGCAGAAGAGGCUAUGCUGCAGCGGCGUCCAGUUUAAAGCCAUUUCCUGAUGAUCGGUAACAUUCAUCACAUCAUUCAUACCUUUCAGAGAGGAGUGGCAGAGACUCGCCAGGCCGGGUUUAACUGCAGGGGUCAUCAAUCAUGAGUCUUUCCGUGGUGUCAGUGGCAAUGAGGAGCUGGACUGGAAUCCCAGUGGAGUGAGAGGCAGUUCCAUUGCUCUCUCUCUGUGUGUAUGUAUCUCUCUCUGCUUUCAGAGCCAACCACGUGGCGUGUGUCAGAGCCACUAGAGCAAAACCGGGAAUCAGCAACAUCCCCAGGCUACAAGCAGUCGGACGGUCACAUUCACCAGCAAAACCUGAGUGCAGGGCGAGGGAAGACCAAAAACAAACAAAAUAAUAACAUAAACAACUAGAAAACUCUCUACAAGCACCGACAAAAUAGAAGAGUGCGGGGCACCGAAAAUGUAUUAACGAACUAGCUCCAUUCGUGGCGAGAGUGGUGAGGAUAGCGAGAGAGGAAAAAUAAACUGAUAUUUUCACAUCUUCAGUCAGAUUCAAAGCGGGAGCAUUUGUCAAGUUGGAAGUGACGGACCCGCUCCCUUUGCCCCUGUCCAUCCCUGACACUGGAUAUAUGCGAGAGCCGAGUGAGAGGCAGCACUUCAGAGACAGCAAGCCAGGAUGAGGUAUCCCGUUCAUCAUCCGUUCCUUCUCGUUCUGCUUCAGUGUUUCCUUCACACGGGUGACCAGAUGUUCAAAAGUCAAAACCAGGACACUUUGAAAAGACAUGGGAAGGUCACCUCUCAUAAGAAUCAUCUGGGAAGAACACUGGAACUACUGGAAUUAAGAGACAAGGCAGCAGGAGAAACACUUGCUGAUAAUUUGGCUGACCCACAGAGGGUAAAUCCAUUGCGGCUGUUUGUGAAGGAGAGUCCCAAACUGAAACAGGACAUCACUGAUACUUCCCGUGUUAAAGCUUCAAAUGACUUGUGGGCAUGGUUAAACAACCUAACAGAUAUUCAGGAAUCCCAUUCACGGACCAAACGCAGACCCAUUGUUAAAACAGGAAAAUUCAAGAAAAUGUUUGGGUGGGGAGACUUCCAUUCCAACAUCAAAACAGUUAAAUUGAAUCUUCUCAUUACCGGCAAGAUAGUUGACCACGGGAAUGGGACUUUCAGCGUUUACUUUAGACACAACUCGACUGGUCUUGGGAAUGUAUCUGUAAGCCUGGUACCACCAUCCAAGGUUGUGGAGUUUGACUUCUCCCAGCAGUCAACGCUGGAGACCAAGGAGUCCAAAACAUUCAACUGUCGAAUCGAGUAUGAGAAAACGGACAGAGCGAAGAAGACUGCACUAUGUAAUUAUGAUCCUUCAAAGAUAUGCUAUCAGGAACAGACCCAAAGUCAUGUUUCCUGGUUAUGUUCAAAACCAUUCAAGGUUAUAUGCAUAUAUAUAGCUUUCUACAGUGUAGAUUAUAAACUUGUGCAGAAGGUUUGCCCCGAUUACAACUAUCAUAGUGAAACCCCUUAUUAUUCAUCUGGUUAACAGAAUACCCGUGGCUUAUGUUGUGUGAAGACCACCCCUCUGUAUGUAACUUAUUUAUACAUAGUCAAUGUCAUGGAAUAAUAAUGAUAGUAAAUGUUUAAGACAGGCGCCUCUGGUUUGAUGCAGCCGUUACCCCAAAGGGAGCAUCUGAUGGUGUAAAUGCAUGAUGAGCAUUUGUAAAAUGAAGUGGCUGUUAUAAGCAGUCCUCACAGCAAGAACAAAAUUAAAAUAUGCAGUUAUAAAAAUAAUAAACUUUAUCUUUGAAACUUCAGCUCAAGGCUAAACUGCAUAUUUAUAUUUCAAAUACUGCUCCCUAUACAAGAAUGAGCAAUUUUCUAAAUGUCAAAUUUGCACAUGAAUUGAAGAAUGCAAUCUUUAUAGUUUGUUUUCCUUCUGUAGGGGAAAUAAAAAAAUACAAGGUAGUUUCAACUAGCCAAAACAUAACAUAGCAUUGUAAGAAAACACAUUUUAAAUGUACAAUAUAGUGUGUUUUGUAAAUGUUGUCCUGUAAAAUUGUUUCUUUCUCAAAGGCUGUUUGUGUCAAUGAAAUAUUGAAAUUGGGAAUAAAUUAGAGGACACAACGAAAGCAACUUAGUAAAUCAAUACUCUGUUCUCCAUUUGUUGUGCAGUCCUUCAAUAAAA